AUGUAUGCGAAGACUCAGAAUUUCGGAACGCCUCAAGCGGCCACGGGCAUGCCGUCGCAGCCACAACUCAUACGUCCCGGAGGAUUGUUCGCUCACAAAAAGAUGUCGGGGUUUCUGCAAGAUGCUGACGGUUCAGACUUACACGACAUGAGUUCGGUCAUCGAGGGUUUUCAGAAGAAGAACAGCGUCGGGUCCAUGGGAUCGGCCACGACCGCCGGCAACCAUAUGGCGUCGUCGAAGAAGAACACGUCGUCGUCGUCUUCGAGUUCACGGACGAUGGAGUCGUCGUCGUCCACGUCCUCUUCGUCUUCCUCCUCCCAGCACGUCCUGCACCGACAGGUGUCUGAAAUGAUGACCACGUCAUCCGAACUGCAAAACUCUCAACUUCUCCAGCAGCGGAUACUCAUGGACGGCGGUGACGUUACUGCGGUCAACUCCGCGGUCGCCGAGGACGCCGAUUGCUGCAACCCUGUCGAUGGGGCAGACCCGUUGGUCACGUUUCCCGAGUCGCCUCCCGUUUUGAUGUCAAACGUGUCGCCGCUCCUGAACGCGUCCGCCACCCGCCCCAAACCGGUCCGCGUGACCGUGCAGGACGCACGACUGAAACACCCGGCCGCGGCCACAGCGGCGACCACCGAGCGGCGCGUGUCCACAGUCCAAAUUGGUCCAAGAGGCGUACGAGUCGUCGUCGUCGUCAAGCAGCACCAGCAGCACGGUUUCCGAUUCGCAGGAGGUGCUCCACCAGCACGGCGAUGUCCGCAAGCUACACGCGGCCAACGCGAUCCGGGCCAGGCUCGCCGGUACCAUCGGGAGCUCCAUCGCCAACCGCGAAACCGAGACCGCUCUGAACAAACUCCAGGUACGGACGUGACGUGGUUAUAUUAUGGUCCGGAAGUUUAA